GCCUGCACUGGAGCUGGGGAGCAGCUCUGUUUGGAGCACUCCCAGCCUGCUCUAGAGCUGUGGAGCAGUUCCCUGGCUGCUCCCAAAGCCCGGGGAGUUCCUGGAUGUGCUCUGCUGUGCACCAGCCCCACGGCUCUGCAGUGCCGCGGAUCAGGUGGUUGCGGAGCCGCGCGCAGGAACACGAUGCAGCUGAGGAGACAAGCACAGCCCCCGGCAGCCUCUGGAGCUGCUCUCCAGAACAAGGCGACCUCUAAGCUCCCAUCCAUCACGGAAACGAUGUGCUGAUACUGCAGGAGACCACGGCAACAAUGGAAUACCAGAUAUCGAAUACAUCUACCUGUCUGCUGGUCCUUCUGGUUUUCCUACCCACUGGUUUGGGUAUCUGUCCUUCUAGCUGUACAUGCUCAGGAAACGACAGGAAUGUGGACUGUUCAGGCAGAAACUUAACUGUACUGCCCCAGGGACUUCAGGACAACCUUACAUAUUUAAAUCUGUCCUUUAACCAGUUUGUAGAUCUCGAUCAUCAGCUAACGAGGUUCACCAAUCUGAGGACCCUUGAUAUUUCAAAUAAUUGGCUCAAGAAUGUUCCUGCUCAUCUGCCUAAAUCCUUAUGGGAAUUAUAUGCCACAAACAACAACAUUAAAGUUCUUCAGAAACUUGAUACAGCUUACCAGUGGAAUCUUCGAGUGCUCGAUGUUUCCAGGAAUAUGGUGGAAAGAGCUGUCCUGAUCAACAACACACUGAGCAGUCUCAAGUUUCUCAAUCUCAGCAGCAACAAACUUUGGACAGUUCCAACCAAUAUCCCCUACAACAUAGAGACUGUGGAUCUAUCCAAUAACUUCUUGUCCCAGAUACUCCCAGGAACACUGGUGAGACUUCAACACCUCACAAGCCUCUACCUGCACAACAACAAGUUCUCGUACAUUCCUGACAAAGCUUUUGACCAGCUCCUUCAGCUGCAGGUAGUAACUCUGUACAACAACCCCUGGGCCUGCAGCGACAAACAGAACAUCCCCUACGUGCUGCAGUGGGUGCAGGGCACAGCUGCCCGUGUCCUGGGGGCUCCCUGUGCCCACCAGGCCGGGCUCUGGGCCAGCGCUGCGCCCGCCUCGGCCGCGCCCACGGCCGGGGACUCCAGCCCCCCGACCAAGGGAGUGCAGGCAGCAGACAGAGCCACCUCUCCCGAGGCAGCCGAACCCACCCAAGUGACCAAAACGCACAAACAACUGAAAGCCAAGGAAGUCCCUCCCCUGGCCACCCAGCGCCACCCGGUUCUGUUCCCCAGCACGGAGCAGCCCCUGCUCCGCCACCCCGACAGCCUGACCUGGAGGGACGGCGGCUCCUGGGACACAGGAGCCACACACACGAUCCACGCCACGGACCCAACCGAGGGCAACUCCACGGGAUCAUCCACCACUCCCAUGACUUUAAGCAUCACCAGUGGAAUGCCAACAAACUACUCCAAGAUGCCUCACAGCACAACCACUACCUUAAGGAAAGAGGAGGCCGCGACCGGCGCUCCCAACACGCGCGUGCCCUCCCGAGCCAGCACCUGGGAGCUCUCCCUGGUUUCUGUGCUCGUGCUGCACGCAGUGACCGUGUUUGCUGACUGAGGGCUGGUACCCUGGGGAACUCACCGAGUGUACUCCUGUGACACACAGCUGGAGCUCAGACCUCCAGUUAAAAUAACGGAUCAAAACACAAGAAAUUCAGAGUUCUGACUCUGGUCUAAAGAAAAUAACAGUUCUUAAAGACGUGCACACUAAUGUCUUGAUACUAAGCUGCUACUUAUUUUCAUAUGUCUUAAUUGAGUACAACUAACCUAUUCUUUUGUUUUUAAAAAUGUGCUUAUUUUGUAUUUAAAUUUUUCAUUUUACUUGCACAGAAUAAACACAUCAGAAUUUUAAGUACUGAUUUAUGUAUGAUUUUGUCAUUGAACAACUGGAAAAAAACAGAAGGCCUGUAUCAUAUCUGCAUUGUCUUGCUUGACUUGCCAGUGAGCAAUUCCUGUAAUAUAGCAGCACAGAUGCUCUGUAAGUUAUGACAACAUGCAAAAGGAAGGGAAAAAAUAAAGGAACUAAACUGAGCUGUUUCACUAAUAAGAAGUUAUUCCUGAGCAAAAUUGCUAGCAUGUGUAUCUAUGUUUGCUUCAUAUGUACUAGGAUAUUUUAAAUAUGAAGAACAACAGUCUUGAAUUUAGGAAUUAAAUAUGACAACGCCAUGAUAUCUGCUAAGAGGGUGUAAACUGAGAAGGCAACAUGGUCCAACUUCAGCAUGGGAAAGUGGUAGGGGCCAGUAUCCUUCUGCUCUGUCUCCACGUAGAGACUGCAGGCAAGUUAUUGCUCUCUCCAUAGCAAAAAAAAAAAAAAAAAAAAAAAAAAAAAAAAAAAAAAAAAAAAAAA